AUGUCAAAACAGAACCCAUUUGAUCAAAAAAAGAAAGCCAUACUUGAAGAAAUAAACUCUUUAGAACCAGAUUUAUCACCAAAGGGCACUAUCGAUCAAUUAUGUUUACCUAUUAUGCAUUUGAUUAACUCACACAAAGAUAUGGUCACUACAUCUUCUUGUUCUGGUAGAAUUAGUGUUUUUGUAGAGGGUGAAAAAUUAAUCAACAGAGAAGAAGCCAAGAGUGGUGGCAAAGGUCUUGGUGGUAGAUGGUUAUUUGUAACACAUGAACAAGAUAAGGUUCUAAAUUGGUUGGAUAAAAUAUCAGACACCGAACAGAUCCAAUUUUUACCGGCAGAUGAUACAACUAAUGAGUUUGAUAAUUCUGUAAGAUAUGUUUUAUAUAAAUAUGAACCCUUCAUUUUACACGUUAAAUGUAGAGACUUUCAAAUGGCGAGCAAAUUACUUAAUGUUGCUAUGUCUUGCGGUUUUAGAGAAAGUGGUAUUGGAUCUAAUAAUAUUGUUGCAAUUAGAAUUAAUAUCAAAUUAGAUGUACCUAUUGGAUUCAUAAAUACGAAAAAUAACAACACACUAACUUUCUUUGUUUCAAAGCAAUAUAUUAACAAUAUCUUGAACAAAUUAACUUUGUCAAAGUUUAUUGAAAAUAAAAAGAAAAUGAAUGAAUUAUACGCUACUAUCGACAAAGAAAUCAUCUCCAGUUUAAAUGUACAAUCAGAAUCAAAAGAAACUAAGGAUGAAAGAAGGGAAAGGAAACGUAGAGAAGGAUUAGAAAGACAACGCCAAUUAAGAAAUAAAAUGUCUGAUAAAAAUGCGUAA